AUGGAAAAAACAGAAACAGAACGACGUCGGUUUGAUCGGGAACGUAUGAAACGCAGGUCAACUAUUGGGCGUGCGGAUCAUGACGUCAUAGCCGUAUUUAAUCACAAUCGACUUGUUAAUCCGGAGCAGCUUCGAUUCCGCGAGCACAAGCCCGUAGACGGUCGUCGUGGCGAUGCAGUAUUCACUGUAGAGAACGAUGUAUGUGAACAUGUUAUUGAAGUUGGAACUGAAAUGUCCAAUCUCGAUGAGGGAUAUGACUAUGCACUGGCAAUAGUAGAUCGCGAAAGCGGUGCAACCACUUAUCGUCCGGUACGAGUGUACAACUUUCAGGCAACUUAUUCAUCGGAUGUACCACAACUUCUCGGAGUGAAAAGAACCGCGCCUAUCGACUACGGAGCCAGCUAUGACAUCAAAACUGAAGACUGGGCGAAAAAACGUAUGGAUCUUACUGUAGACUUCGGUUCCUCGAAGAAAAUGAAAAUACAAGAAGCUGCCGUUAGACGACAAAUAAAUACCGAAACACUUGAUGCCAUGAGAAAGACAGCUUUUGCAUCUACAAGUGUGUUAGCUGAGCCAGAAGAUAUUAAGAUGGAGCAAAUCAGUUUGGUUGCAAAGGCAGAAUCAUCCAUUCUUCCUCAUGCGGAGCAAGCGGAGUUACCUCGAAACAUCUAUCCAUUGUCGUUGUUCAUAUCUCAAGAGGAAAUUGAACAGUUUGCUGAUGCUGCGCUAGAAUUCCUUUCUACACCAAAGAAAGAACUUCUUGAAAAAGGUUUCCCAGAGGUGGUAUUAAAAAUGCUCUCUAUGGCCGCAUGUAAGGACAAAUCAUUGGCAGCUCCUUUCACUUUGUUGGGGUGCAUGACCUACAUGUCUGCGCUUUUUUCAAGAAAAUCCGUCUUGAAGAAAGAAUGUCAGGAGAUUCCAUUUCCUGAAGUGUUCAUUCAAAAGGUUAUGGGAGAGUAUAUAACUGCGCAAUUUGAUCGAGGAGUUAACGGUCGAACGGCUGCCCGAUUGACGGUUUCUUCUCUGGAAAAGGAUAAACUUGUUGCUCAUUUGCUUGCCUUUGCUCUAACUUUGAGCUCAAAUUGUUCAUUGCCGAUUACACCAUGGCAACUUGCGUUGAGAACUUCUUCUAGAUUUUUAGAAAAGAUGCUUGUUGGUCUUGGAUGUGAAAUUAUUCAGUGUAAUGUGGAAGAGGCUGCAAGAUCGGAGUCUCUUCGAGCGGCUCGUCUCCUCAGACCUCCGUCGAAGGAAGUAGCCACAUCUCGGAAAAGGAGAAGAUAG